ACUGUGAGUCAUUCUACAGCAGACUUUAUGAAACACCCUAUUAACCAUAUAAACUGAGAAGCCUGAAAGACAUAUAUACCAAAAGCAGAGCCUGACUCUUGUUACGCUGAGGCAGGAAUGAGGAUAAGAAUGAAGAGCCUUCCAUUUUUGCUGUUACUAUAUGUGGCAUUUUCUUAUGCUUUUCCUGUGUUUCCAGAAAAAAACAAUGAAGGAGAAAAUAUGCAGCUUGUACAGGAGUAUCUAGAGAAAUUUUAUGAGCUUCAACCAGAUCCAGAGCAUCUAGCAUGGAGAAGGAGCACUAGCCCCAUGGUUGAAAAAAUCCAAAAAAUGCAAGAAUUUUUUGGGUUGGAAGUGACCGGAAAGCCAGAUCCUGAGACUUUGGAAGUGAUGCAGAAGCCCAGGUGUGGAGUUCCUGAUGUCGGACAGUAUGGUUUCAUUCUCCCAGGAUGGAAAAAAAAACAACUGACAUACAGAAUUGUGAAUUACACUCCAGAUAUGACACAAUCUGAUGUGAAUAAAGCAAUCCAGAAGGCAUUUAAAGUGUGGAGCACUGUAUCCCCACUGACUUUCACUAGGAUUUAUAAAGGGAUAGCAGACAUAAUGAUUGCUUUUGGGACUAGAGCUCAUGGUCGUUGUCCCCGUUAUUUUGAUGGACCCCUUGGUGUUCUUGGCCAUGCCUUUCCACCUGGCAAUGGUAUUGGAGGUGAUGUCCACUUUGAUGAAGAUGAACACUGGACAGAAGGUUCUGCUGGGUUCAACUUGUUUCUGGUCGCUGCUCAUGAGUUUGGCCAUGCAUUGGGUCUCUCACAUUCCACUGACCGUGGAGCCUUGAUGUUCCCAAAUUAUGCCUACAUCAACCCCACUGAAUUCCUGCUCUCCCCGGAUGAUAUUAAUGGUAUACAAGCCAUUUACGGACCCUCACCUAACACCCCGGAUGAGCCAACCAGACCCACAGCACCUAAAACCUGUGACCCUAUGGUCUCUUUCGAUGCUAUCACUACACUGCGCAGAGAAGUCAUGUUUUUUAAAGACAGGCACAUAUGGCGAGUUUAUCCUGGUAAUUCAGAAGUUGAACUUGAAUUAAUUUCUACAUUCUGGCCUUCUCUGCCAUCUGGUAUUCAAGCUGCUUAUGAAAAUAUUAAAGAUCAGAUUCUAUUUUUCAAAGGGAAUAAUUUCUGGGUUAUCAGUGGGUACCAGGUGCUCCCUGGUUAUCCUAAGAACAUCAAUACAUUGGGUUUCCCAAGGAGCGUUAAGAAAAUUGAUGCAGCUGUUUCAAAUAAAAACUCAGGAAAAACAGACUUUUUUGUAGGUGACAAGUAUUGGAGGUACGAGGAAAGCAGUCAAACCAUGGAAAAGGGCUAUCCAAGACAGAUAACAGAUGAUUUUCCAGGAAUUGGCAAGAAAGUUGAUGCUGUUUUCCAGCAUAAAGGAUUCUUCUACUUUUUCCAUGGAUCAAAGCAAUGGGAGUUUGACCCUAAUACAAGGAGAGUUAUUCGUGUGAUGAUAAGCAAUAGCUGGUUUAACUGUUAACGUUAAACAUUAUUAUAUGCAACUUAAGAAAAUAAAUUCUAGUUAGCUAGCUUUCUAUAAAAUAGCCCACCACUAUGAUAUCAAAGCACCUAGUAUUUCGGAAAGGCAAACAGGCUGUUUUUUCAUGAAUGUCUACAAUCUCAGUAUUGUUCAUAUUUAGUGUAUGUCCAACAGUCAAAGCAGAGCUACGGUCUUUGAUUUCUUUUUAUAACAAAGUAUGACAUAUUCAUGUGUGUUUUAAACUCUGAAUGGACUUCCCACUAUCUUGGAAAUAAAGUGUUUUAUACUUGGUA